GGCAGCAGUCGAUCCAAAAGGCUGCUGGGAAACUGCGCAACAGCCUGGGAACGAGGACGGAAAGUUCUCCUCCACCCCGUCUCACUCCCCCUUUUCCAGGGACUCGGUACUAGGGGGCCGGGCGUCUCCUGCGUGCGGGUAACAGUUGCCAGGAACAGCUAAGUUGAGGACCGGCAAUUUGCCCAGCCAGUUGUCCCUUCUCCGUCUUCCCCUCCCUCCCUCCGCGAGGGCCGAGGACAGCGACGUCCUCCUCCCUCUUCUCCUCCUCUUUGGUGCCUUCAGCCAGGAGGCGGGAGUGACCCGCAGCAGCUGACCCAACACGGGCACUGCCUGUCCCACAGCCCUCAGAACACAUCAUGGGCCCAGAGGCGGGUUUGCAGCACAGCAGCGACGACGCAGGCGGCAGCCCCGGCGACUCUCAACUGCCUCCCUGACUGCCGACAUCACCGCCCAGCACCCCGAAAAGCCAUCGCCACCAACGGCAGGAGAAUCUAGGGGCCUCCCAAAACACCUUCGCAAUUUACUCAAGAUACGUCAACAACUAUGGCGGGCGAGGAGCAGCGGGCGGAGCCGGUGAGGGAAGGUUGGGGGCUGUACGUCACGCCCAGGGCUCCGCUGCGGGAGGGAAGGCCCCGGCUCGCCCUUCAAAAUGGCGGCGGCAGUGACACGCCUGCGUACGGAACUCCUACGCCGUCGCGCCACGGCCGGCGGGAAGUGAGGUUCUCAGAAGAGCCGCCCGAAGUGUACGAUGACUUCGAGCCCCGGGCGGCCAAGCAAAAGGCCCCGGGGGGAAGACAAAUUCCGCUAGAAGAGUUCCGGCCCGAUUCAGCAAAAGAGGAAGUGAGAGAAAGCGCCUACUACCUUCGGUCUCGGCAGCGGAGGCAACCGCGACUCCAGGAAGCAGAGGAGAUGAAGACGCGAAGGGCUACUCGCCUCCAGCAGCAGCAGCAGCAGCAGAACUCACAGUCGUCUCCCCUACAGUCGUCUCCGGUUACGACCCGGAGAGGAUUACGGGACUCCUCCCGUUCAUCUGAAGAGGAUGAACCACCUUCACAAACUGUUUUAAGCCAAACAGUCUCAAAGAAAACUAUCAGGAGAACACAAGAAACUCCAGUCCCCGUGCUAGAUGCUGAGGGUACUGCAAAAGCAGGCAAGGGAAGGAGAUUGCUACGAAGGAAGGUGGUGAGUGAAGAUCCUGUAAUCAGCCUGUGUAGACCCCCUCUAAGAGGCUCACGAUCUGAUUCGACAUACAAAACAAAUGGAAAUACUAAAAUGAGUGAAUUAGAAGCCACCAGUGUCCAAGAGAAGGUGAAUUUCUCUGAAGAAGGAGAAACUGAAGAAAAUGAUCAAGACAGCUCUGACAGUGAUGUUUCUACUGUUAAAGUCAGAUCCAGGGAUUCUGUUGAGUCUGAAGACCAAACCAUUAGAUCAUCAAGUCAAUAUCCAGAAUCACUUUGGCAGUCAUCACAAAGUCGAAACUACACAGCUUUUGAUAAGCAACCAUUAGUGCUUAGCUCGGGAUAUCACAAAACCCCUCAGGAAUGGAUUGAACACGCCACAAGAAUAAGGACUAGGAUGAAAACAUCAUCACCAAGCAAGAGUUCAAUAUAUGGCAGUUUUUCAGAUGAUGACACUGUUCUGAAAUCAGAUCUUGGAAACCAGUCUCCAUCAACCUCCAGCCAACACAUGACUGGACAACACAAAAGUGCAUCUUUUGUCCAGAUGAAGUGGUGGUGGCCACUUGUUCUGAUAGCUGCUCUUGUCAUUGGGAGUUUUUGGUUCACUCCUACUCCUGAGGCAGAAACCACUGCUGUUCAAGAGUUCCAGAACCAGAUGAAGCAACUUAUGAACAAGUACCAAAGUCAAGACGAGAAGCUGUGGGAAAGGAGCCUGACAUUCCUGAAAAAACAUCUUAAUAGCUCCCAGCCUCGGCCUCAUCCUGCUAUCUUGCUGCUCACUGCUGCCCGAGAUGCUGAGGAAGCACUCAAGUGUCUGAGUGAGCAAAUUGCCGAUGCCUAUUCUUCCUUCCGCAGCGUUCCUGCCAUCCGGAUUGAUGGGGCAGGCAAAGCUACUCAAGACAGUGACACUGUCAAACAAGAGGUAGAUCAGGAACUGACCAACGGAUUCACAAACGGCCAGAGUGCAGCCGUGGUACACCGCUUCGAGUCACUGCCUGCAGGCUCUGCUUUGAUCUUCUAUAAGUAUUGUGACCAUGAAAAUGCAGCCUUCAAAGAUGUAGCCUUAGUCCUGACUGUCUUGUUGGAGGAGGAGACACUUGAAACCAGUCUAGGCCUAAAGGAAAUUGAAGAAAAAGUGAGGGACUUCCUCAAAGUAAAGUUCACCAAUUCUGACACACCCAACUCCUACAAACAUAUGGACCCAGACAAAUUGAGUGGACUCUGGAGCCGCAUUUCUCACUUAGUCCUGCCUGUACAACCUGAAAAUGACCUGAAAAGCGGUAUCUGCUUAUAAGGGGUGAAAAUCAUGUCUCAAGUGAGAAUUUUUCAGUCUUUGUAACCAGAGACAGAAUUCGGAGCUCUUUUUGGAAGAACUGGUUUCUUUUUAAAGGAAGUUAACUUCUUAAGUAAACAUGGAACAUCUAAAUUGUGUAUUCAACCUAAUUAUCUGUUACUUGAGAGAAUCAUUUCCCUGUUUCGAUUGAAAUUCUGUGUUAAUGAUAUCUGAGGACUGUAGAUUAUAUGCGGUCUCACUGAGGAUCUGCUUAGGUUCUGGGUUGAGUCAUUAUUGCUGUGGUAUGACCAGUGGGAGGGAUAGGCUCUUUUUUAUGAAUCCUCCCAAUUUUUUUAACUUUGUUUUUUUUCUCUUCUGCAGAGUUUGUUGAGUUAUUAGUAAGGCAGCUCCCUAAAUGUGACUGUGGAUUUUCCCUGUUUUAUUCUCUUUUAUAUCAUUUAGAUGUGAAUUCCUUAGUCAGCUUCUGCUUUUGGAACAAAAGUAAUGAAAGGUCA